AUGCCCUGGAAAGGUCUUCGUUCACAUGCCGCUGGCGGUAUAAUGUCUGGGAGGCAUAGCUUUCUCGAGCAGCAAGAUACCCACUUUCCGGAAGGCCACGAGACGGUCAGCUCAUCAGAGCCGAUAGCACAGCAGACUGACACCACCGACGACCGACCAAUAAGUCAACCAUCGUCUGACUCAAUCUCGGAGAACCCAAUCCAAAUUGCACAGGCUACACCAUCCGACGUAGACCAGACCAGAGAAAACGUUCCGCAGCGAACGAGAAAUGGGAAUGCCGCAACAGUGCCCAGGAGUCAUCGGUUCAGUCUUCUAAGGCUCCGUCAUGCAUCUGAUCCCCAGCUGUCCAAAUCCUACAAUACAUCAGCAUCCAGUCAAACACCGCCUCUUCCUGUCCCAACCACACCCACGAUCGUCACUACACCCCCGACUGUCAAUGCUUCGAAUCACAACAAAAAGAUAAAAGAAAAGCUGAAGCUUACAGGACGGUCCCAGAACCCAUCUACAGAAAAUGUUGCGUUGAGACGUCAGAGCUUUGGAGUCGCUCUGGGUGGAGCUCUGGAAUCAAACUCAAAGCUUCACAUGUUCAAUGCAAGGAAUGCCAACAAGCACCAUCCACACAUCAGUUUUGAAGAGCCAAAUCGCUUAUCGGCGGUAUCUGCCAGAGGUGCUCCGCCCGCAUAUGGGGACGUAGCAAAUUCAUCCUUGUCGCUGCCACCAUCGAGAUUGUCUGAGUCCUCCAGAUCCGACGGGAGCUCUGGAGAGCAUGGUAUCUAUGCUGAGACGACAACGACCCAUACAGUCUCAACCACUACAACGUUCUUCCGCUUGCCUCGCCGGAAGAAAAACAAAGGGCAUCUGUUUCCUCUUCCAGUGAAACCAUCACAAGAAUCAAAGAUAGAUGGAAUCAGGACGCCGAGAUUACCGGACAGCGGCCGCACAUCCAUGUCGCCGGGAAGAAGACAGGCUCAGGACAGAGGACCCGUUACUGCAAUAUACGCCCCGAAACCGUGUGCGGGAUCUGGCCUCGAGCAUCCUUCUCCGUUGCCAUCUCCAACACACUCCGCUAUAGCACUUACUAACGCCCCCUUGAGCUCUACCACACCUUCUCUUAUCCGCAAGGACUCAAUUACGUCUUAUCGUUCGGCAAAAUCAUCACCGUCAAUGCCCAUGCCGCCCGCGCUACUAGGCUCAAGAGGGCGCUCGUCAACGAUGGGCUCACUGAAAAAGGCGAGAGAAGCCGAACAGCAAUCGUCGCCACAAGUAGCUCUUGCAGGUCGUACGUCAACAUCGACUAGUGGGAGAAAAAGCUUUGGUGACAUCUUUUCGCUUUCACAAAGACUUCGCCAGAACUCCGAGCCAUCAAAUUUUGGGAAUGGUAAGACUCUUUCUGGAGCUCCUGGGACGCCGGCGUCGACAGGUUCGAAAUCGAACUCCUUCCAGAUCCCUCGGGAGCCUGUAAUUUAUCCGGAACGAGCUGAGGGUGAUACGCCCGCCACGUACUUGGCGAAGCUCGAGGAGGCCGUCAACCGAGGUGUCAUUGCAGCCAUUCUCUGUAAAGGUUUUGACGAAUUUUCCAAAGUCUGUUUCCGAAAGUACAUGAGGGGGUUUUCGUACUUUGGAGAUUCCAUCGAUAUGGCUGUUCGGAAGAUGCUCAUGCAGGUUGAACUACCAAAAGAAACACAACAGAUUGAUCGACUAUUGCAGGGAUUCGCUGAUCGGUACUGCGAAUGCAAUCCUGGUAUAUUCGCAACCGUGGAUGAAGCUUAUUUCGUUGCCUUUUCGAUCCUGUUGCUACAUUCAGACACGCACAACAAGAACAAUAAGCGCAAGAUGCAGAAAGCUGACUAUGUCAAGAACACUCAGGAUCAGGUGGAGGUGUCACACGACAUCCUUGAAUGCUUUUACGACAAUGUCUCGUACACUCCCUUCAUUCAUUUUGAGGAUGAGGUCGCCAUCAAUAGCCAUCGGUUGGGAGCACCAAAGCCCAAGAAAGGACUUUUCAAGACACCCAGCAAUGACAAUCUACGUGGUCCAGUCGAUCCGUAUGCGCUGAUUCUAGAUCAGAAGCUCGAGCUUCUACGCCCAUCGUUGAAGGACGUCAUGGACACAGAAGAUACGUACAGCUACACUGGAACCGUUUCUUCUCUGGAUGCAAAUGGCCUGUAUCAAGCCUUCCACAAAGCUGGUGUCCUCCAAAUUGUGUCAGCCAGGUCAAGACCAGAUGCUUUUCUUUCACAGGCCACCAUCAGCAACCCAGCUGAAGCCCAAGCUGGACUGGUGGACAUCAAAGCCGCCAAGGUGGGAUUGUUGUGGCGGAAAGAUCCGAAAAAAAAGAAAGCAAGGUCACCAUGGCAGGAGUGGGGGGCUAUUCUUACAGGAUCGCAGCUCUACUUUUUCAAAGACGUUACAUGGAUAAAAAGCCUGAUCUUUCAAAAUGAGACUCAGCAGAAAUCAGGUGCUGAUUCCAAUCCUAUCAUUUUCAAACCACCUCUCUCAUCGUUUCAACCCGAUGCGCUUCUGUCCAUGGAUGAUGCCGUUGCCUUACACGAUGCCGGCUACAAGAAGCAUAAGCAUGCAUUUCUUUUUGUCAAGCAUGGCGGAUUCGAGGAAGUAUUCCUCGCUAAUAGUGAGGGAGAUAUGAACGACUGGAUUGCCAAGCUCAAUUACGCUGCUACCUUUCGAACUGCUGGUGUUCGCAUGAGGGGCUUCAUUGGUGCUAAUUACGAAGGACAACGUCCGGAGCUCUGUCGAAACGACUCAGCAACGUCCACAAGAAGCGGUCAUGCCAUUUCAGGCGAAGUGCAUGCUCAUGGCCGCCAUAUCAAUCAGCAGCUCGCAAGAGAAAUCUUAGCUUACCGUCGGCAAAUCAUGACAGACAGGAUCGCUGAAGCAAAUGACAAACUUGCAACGGCGCAAAAAGAGCUAGACAACCUUCUGAGGAAUGCAAGACAUCUUCAGAUCUGUUCACCCAUCCAAGCCAAAUCUCGAGAAGCUCUUGUACUAGCAGCUGGACGCAUGUCAGCAAAGCUGAAAUGGACACGAGUGGACAUGUGGAGGACACGCUGUCAUCGUGAUGUGAUGAAGAUGGACCUAGAGCAGGAGAUCGGUCUUACUUCUGCAGCGUCAAUCCUUCGAGAGUCUGUUUCUUUGAGGUCUACCCCUCAGAAGCGGGCUCCAUUGAAAUUGAGCAGCCAGUCCUUGAAGAAAUCCGACACUAAAAGUGGUGAUGCUGCCGCGUCGCCAAAAAGUACCUACUCCGUGCUUUCCGCCAUAUCUACUUCGCAAGCUAUGCUAGAUAAAGCGAGGACUCCUGAUGGCCUGCGACAUGCGUUAUCAGACGACUCUGUUAGUCGCGGCCACCAUUCAUCGAUUGGCUCCGUUGAGCAGUUUAUGGCCGCAUCUGGAAACUCAGCAGAUGCCAAAAAUCGAGCAAGCUCAUUGUCAGUGCAGAGCCCUUCUGCGCCUUCUCUAGAUCACAGACCUUCUACUAGCGGUUCGCAAUUUGGGCGUAGCGAUGCUGACAGCAUUGCGCGUGGCUCGAGACUUACUACGCCUACUCCAAGCGUGGAUGAUGAGGAAAGACUGUUGCGGGAAGCUGGCAUACUAGAUGUUGAGCGGACUCUGAAUGCUUUGCGCCGACCAGGUACGAGUGAAUCUGACCCCAAUCACCCCACUGUCACGUCACCAGAUGCUUUGCCCAAAGACCGUACCGGGGUUCGUCGGAGCCUGCAUCGCACAUUACGGGAUUCACAGCACGGUCAUCAUGGUUCACAGAGUGUACGUCUGCGCAAAGCCAAAGAGCCAGCUAUGCAUUCUUCUCCUGCUGCUUUGAGGCGGAGUUCUCAAAGUGGAGCCGAAGGCCUCACUAGAGGCACAGGCAGCUUUAUAGUGCAUGGGAAGAAGGCCUCAGUGAUUACCUUCGGGUCUGAAUGGCAGUCUAUGUCAAACGAAGAUCGGAUACAGCUGAGAAAGCAGUCGCAGCCGGAGGAGAGGGAGGCUGAUGCUGGCGCGGGUUCCAGCAUGCUCUUGAGUCCGAAGGCAGAAGAAAUGGAAGAGGCACACGACGACACUCCCUUCGAUAAGUCUCGUACAUCAAUUCAUAACAGUCGAGACAUGAAACUAGGAGUUUCAACCCCCUUGGAAGCUGAUGCAGCGGGCGUCGUUGUAGACAAGGACAACUUGGACCGGGAUCACACAACAGACACUGAAGUAAAAGACAAGACACAGGAUGAAUGGUUCGUACACAAUGAGGGAGUUACGGGUCAUCGAUGCGGCCAUCAAGCAGGACUCGAGCGAUCUUCUUCAGACUGUACCGCUGCAGAUCAUCUUUCUACUCCACCCACCGACCUCCGGCGUAGUCCAACACCACAAGCCGUUCAUGCUUGA